GAAGCUAUCUCUCAAAUGCCUUCAUAUGCUAAGUUCUUGAAAGAGAUCCUAUCCAAUAAAAGGAAGUUGGAAGAAUACGAGACUGUGGCCCUUACUGAGGAGUGUAGUGCUAUCAUCCAGAAUAAGCUGCCUCCUAAGCUUAAGGAUCCAGGUUCAUUUUCUAUUCCUUGUGUUAUUGGUAAUGUCUCUAUUAACCGUGCUUUGUGUGAUUUAGGUGCAAGCGUAAGUUUGAUGCCAAUGUCCAUCUAUAAGAAGCUUGGCAUAGGAGAUUUGAAGCCAACCACGAUAUCACUCCAACUGGCGGAUCGAUCGGUAAAAUAUCCGGUAGGUAUACUUGAAGAUGUACCUAUCCAGGUCGGUAAGUUCUUUAUCCCGGUCGAUUUCGUUAUCUUGGAAAUAGAAGAAGAUUCUAACAUUCCAAUUAUUUUAGGAAGACCCUUCCUUGCUACUGCAGGUGCUAUAAUCGAUGUUAAAAAUGGAAGGCUCUCUCUAAAUAUUGGAGGGGAGACGGUGGAAUUUGAUUUAAGCAAUACUAUGAAAUUCCCUCUCAAAUUUGGAAAAUAUGAUGGAGAAGUUUGUGAUGACUCAAUCAAAAUUGAAUGA